CCAGAGGGAAGGGAGCCACUAAUCCCUUCGGGAAGGGCUGGGGGCUUAGCAGCGCGGUCCGGCCUAGCGAGGGAAGCAAAACAUGACACCUUUGUCUCUGGGAGCUUUACGCAUGUUCAGUUAAGAGGGCAAACUCUCCUGGCCCCCUCCUCCGGGCUGCCUGGCUUUGUCUCGCAGGGCCCUGUUGCUGCCGGGAGUCAGUCCCCAAGCACUGAACUAUUUUUUUGUUUAAUUGAUUGCUUGUUCCUGAACCAGACUGCAUCUCGGUCUCUGUUCCCCUUAAAAGGAAAGUGACUCCUGGCUGCGGUUGUUGUCAUUAGCAGAGCAAUCUUCUUCAAGACUUCUUUUUUUUUUUAUGUCCCGUGGAAACUUUAACUAUCUCCUUUGCUGGGUUUUUCCCUCCAUUCGAGCGUGCUUUGAGGAGUUGUACACACACGCUCAUGGCUGUAUAAAUCCGAGGGAUUGGAGGACUUCUUCCUUUUGCUGUGCUGACGCUCCGACUUGUCCAUGAUGGGGCGAGAGCAGGAGAUGAUCCAGGCUGUGAAAAAUGGGGAUGUGCCUGGUGUGCAGAAACUGGUGGCCAAGGUCAAAGCCUCCAAGAGCAAGCUCCUGGGAUCAGCUAAGCGCCUGAACGUGAAUUACCAGGACACAGAUGGGUUCUCCGCCUUGCACCAUGCGGCUCUGGGCGGGAGCCUGGAGCUCAUCUCCCUGCUGCUGGAGGCACAGGCCACUGUUGACAUCAAGGACAGCAACGGGAUGCGCCCACUGCACUAUGCUGCCUGGCAGGGCAGGGUGGAGCCAGUCCGUAUGCUGCUGCGGGCAUCAGCCACGGUCAACAUGGCAUCACUGGACGGGCAGAUCCCGCUGCACCUCUCUGCGCAGUAUGGGCACUACGAGGUGUCGGAGAUGCUGCUGCAGCACCAGUCCAACCCCUGCCUCAUCAACAAAGCUAAGAAAACCCCCCUGGACCUGGCCUGCGAGUUCGGUCGGCUGAAGGUGGCCCAGUUGCUGCUGAACAGUCACAUGUGUGUUGCGCUCCUGGAGGGACAGUCAAAAGACUCAAGCGACCCCAACUACACCACCCCUCUGCACCUAGCAGCCAAGAACGGGCACAAGGAGAUCAUCAGGCAGCUACUGAAAGCUGGGAUCGAGAUCAACAAGCAGACCAAGACAGGAACAGCUCUGCAUGAGGCGGCACUGUACGGGAAGACGGAGGUGGUGCGCCUGCUGCUGGAAGGUGGUGUGGACGUGAACAUCCGCAACACCUACAACCAGACGGCCCUGGACAUCGUGAACCAGUUCACCACCUCUCACGCCAGCAAGGACAUCAAGCAGCUGCUGAGAGAGGCAUCAGGAAUCCUGAAAGUCCGGGCGCUGAAGGAUUUUUGGAACCUGCACGACCCAACAGCUCUCAACAUUCGGGCAGGAGAUGUCAUCACGGUCCUGGAGCAGCAUGCGGACGGGCGCUGGAAGGGGCACAUCCACGAUGCUCAGAAAGGCACGGACCGAGUGGGCUACUUCCCUCCCUCCAUUGUCGAGGUCAUCAGCAAGCGAGCAGGUGCAACUCUUCCCCGCGCAGCGCCCGCACCCCAGCACCAGGGCCUCCCCGUGGGCCCGCAGCCCGGCAUUGCUGCCCCCCGGGGCGAGCUGCAGCCGCUCCCAGACGAUACUCCGCAGCCAGCCCUCCUCAGCAGCCCGGCUGCCUACGGCCACCUCACCCUGCCCAGGAUGGCCCCCGGGCCUGAGAGCUCAGCAGGAGACAGGAACAGCGUGGGCAGCGAGGGCAGCAUCUGCAGCCUCCGCAGUGCCGGCAGCGGGCAGAGCACCGAGGGCACCAGUGGGCAGAGCACCGGCCUCCUCAUCGAGAACGCUAAGCCGCUGCCUCCUGGCGGUGAGGACCUGCCACAGCACCUCCUGGGAGCCGACCCCCGGAACGGGCAGCCCCACUCCGUGCUGGGACCCCUGGGGCACCAGAACCUGGCCAACUGCACCCCCAGCGACAGGGGCUUCUCUCACCACUACCUCCGCCCCGAGCAGCUCCUGGAGGGAAAGGACGCAGAAGCAAUUUACAACUGGCUGAGCGAGUUCCAGCUGGAGUCCUACACAACCAACUUCCUCAGUGCCGGCUAUGACGUGCCCACCAUCAGCCGCAUGACCCCCGAGGACCUAACAGCCAUUGGCGUGACCAAGCCUGGGCACCGCAAGAAGAUCUCCACGGAAAUCGGGCAGCUCAGCAUCGCCGAGUGGCUGCCUAAUUACAUUCCUGUGGACCUGAUGGAGUGGCUGAGCGCCAUCGGCCUGCCCCAGUACCACAAGAAGCUGGUGAACAACGGCUAUGACUCCAUCACCAUCCUGACGGAGCUGACGUGGGAGGACCUGCAAGAGAUUGGCAUCAACAAGCUGGGCCACCAGAAGAAGAUCACGUUGGCUGUCAAGAAACUGAGGGACCUCCGCAAGAGCCUGAACCAGGCUGAAGCCAACCCGGCCACGCGCAAAAUCCCCGGCACCCUGGACAUCGUUACCAUCGAGUCCAUCGAGAACGGCGAGUGCCAGUCCCCGCACACCCCGAAGAUGAUCACCUUCCAGGACAGUGAGCUGAGCUAUGAACUUCAGACCGCCAUGUCCAACAGCUGCCAGGAAACGCUCACCAUUAAGAGCAGCCAGGGCAUGUCUCUCAGCCAGGAGAGCAUCGGCGUUCGCUCCAGGGGGUCGGGGCAUUCCCAGGACAACAUGCUGUCCAGAACUGCCCUCUCCAGCCACUCCCAGGAGAGCCUGGGCAGUGGGAGCAGCAGCAGCAGCAGCGGGCACUCAGCCACACAGCCUCAGCAGAAGGAGGGUGCGGGGCUGCCAUCCGGGAGGUCCACCCAGGAGAGCGGUGGGAAGCAUGUCUCCCAGCCGUCUGCUGUGGAGGGGCUGAAUGACUACUCCCACGGGGCUGGGGGAAGCCCCUUGAAAGAGAGGAACCUGCCCGAAGGAACAGACCAGUACCAGCGUCCCGUGGCUCCAAAGGGGAAUGGGCUUCCCAUGCCACCCUGCACCCCGCCGCCCUGCACCCCGCCCCAAACACCCAGCAAGGGCUCUGCUCCCUAUGUCUUUAUGUACCCUCACAUCUCCUUGAAAUCCCACCCUGGCUCUUCUCCGCUGGCGCCUGAGCACCCGAAGACCCCAGCACACCUGCCUCCCCAUUUCUUGCCCGCCCAGAAGAGCUCGCUGCAGUCCUCAGCUCAGAAAGCCUUCUCCUAUCUCCAUGCCCGAUGCACUGGCACAGAGGCCCCUCACGUGCCCCCAAAGCCUGGUGUCACCCCAGGCCCCUGGCAGCCUGGGGACCAGCCCAAUGGUGACAUCUUCAAGCACAGGCAGGAUGAAGAUGCACCCACCAGCACCCUGAGCUCCUACGCCACCCUCACUCGGCGUCCUGGGCGGAGCCAGGUCCCACGCACCUGUGUGCAGACCGACUCCAAGGUCAGCCGCAGCCAGUCCUUUGCCAUCCGAGCCAAGAGGAAAGGGCCCCCGCCACCCCCGCCCAAGCGCCUGAGCUCGGUCUCCAGCACCCAGGCCAUGGAGGCAGAGAGCGAGCAGGGGCCAGAGACUGACAGGAGGCCACUUUCCUCCCCGGACGUGGUGGACGUGGGUCACUCGUCCGGACUGGGUACCAGUGAGGUCAGCGGCAGCAGGACUGUGAAGAGCCUCGCUGCCAUGCUGGAGGGGGCUCCGGCAGGUGGGAGCCCCCCCAAGCUUCCCCUGCUCCACAAGCCCCCAAAUCCUGACCAGAGCUCAAUGCCUAGAGCAACACCGGACGACCGGGAGACUGGGGGUGCCGGAGAUGCGUGCAGCUCCUGGCUGGUAGCAAGUGAAUGGGACGGUGUUGAGGGCAACAAGCCCCGGAGACGGACGCUGAGCGAGCCCAGCGUGCCUCUGACCGAGGCCCUGCAGGGCAGCCUAGAGGACAUCCGGUCGGACACAGAGGAAGAGCCACAUACUGGUGGGGAGGAGGGUGGGGUCUCCUCCUCAUCCUCCCAGAACAGCUCCAGCGAGUGCAUCCCUUUUGCAGAGGAAGGCAACCUGACCAUCAAACAGCGGCCAAAGCCCACAGGGCAGCUCCGUGCAGAUGCUGCCACACCGGACUCAGAGCCUCCAUGCGCCUCCCCUGGGAUGUCACCAGGAGCGGCCAGGGAGCCGGAGAUGCCUGAGUUCAACCUCACGGAGUCGGACACAGUGAAGCGCCGGCCCCGGUGCAGAGAGCGGGAGCCACUGCAGGCCGUGCUCAAGGCGUUCAGCUCGGCUGGCCAAAGCGAGGACCUGGGCAGCCCCUGCCCGCAGUAUGCUCAGGCCCAGGCUGUGAGCAUCAUGGGCCCAGCCUCCCCCACGCCGGGGACACCACCACCACCCGCAGACGCACUGGAUGACGACAGCGUGGAGUUCCGCAUCGCUGAGAUCGAGAAGAGCAUCCUGUCCCUGGAGAAGGGCAUCCGGAAACGCCCCGUCUCCCUGAGAGCCGCCAGUCCAGCAGAGAUGCAUGGGGCAGCUGUCCUGAGGACGCCGACCACGGGAGCAGAUGCCUCAGCCAAGCACACCUCCGUGGCCUCCACCAAGCUGGUGUUUUCUGGGCCAAAAACCAUCUACCAGCAGGUCCCACAGAUGCCCCGCAGUACUGUUUCCCCCUGGGCAGCCACCAACAUGGCACUGGAUGCAGCUGUAGUGCCCUGCCCAGGCACCAAGGGUGCUGGGAACAGCGGGGAGCCCAUGGUGGCAAAGCCUCUGGAUGCAGCCUGGGCUCAGCAGAGGUUGGAACAAACCAGCUCCUCCCUGAGGGCUGCCCUGCAGGUGGCGGAGAAGAUAACAGCGGAGGAGGCAGACAGCCACUACUGGGCCGAGCCCUUGGCUAAGAACAUCCUGGAGGACAUCAGCAACAUGUUUGAUGACCUGGCUGACCAGCUGGAUGCCAUGCUGGAAUGAGAUAACCACCCCUACCUUCCCCCACCCGCCCACCCCACCCCCCCCCGCC